AUGAAGCCUGUGGCCAAGGUGGUUGAGGAGAAGCUUGGAAAGCCUGUGAAGCUGAUGGAUGACGUGGUUGGCGAAGAUGUUGAGGCCGCAUGCGCUGAUCCUGAGCCAGGCACCAUCAUUCUCCUCGAGAACUCUCGGUUCUACGUCGAGGAGGAGGGCAAGGGCAAGGAUGCUGAGGGCAACAAGGUGAAGGCGGAUCCUGAGAAGGUGAAGGAGUUCCGCGCCUCCUUGGCCAAGUUGGCAGACAUCUACUGCAGUGAUGCUUUCGGCACGGCACACCGAGCUCAUAGCUCCAUGGUGGGAGAUGGUUUCCCAGUGAAGUGCUCUGGCUUCCUCUUGGCCAAAGAGUUGGACUACUUUGCCAAGGUCGUUGAUUCCCCAACCCGGCCGGUCUGCGGCAUUUUGGGCGGAGCCAAGGUGGCAGACAAGAUUCAGCUCAUUAUGAACUUGUUGGACAAGGUGGACAUCAUGAUCAUUGGCGGUGGCAUGGCUUUCACUUUCAUCAAGGAGGCCGGUGUUGAGAUUGGUGCCUCCCUCUACGAUGAGGAGGGUGCCAAGCUGGUGCCUGAAAUCAAGAAGAAGGCCGAGGAGAAGGGUGUGGAGCUCAUCCUGCCGGUGGACUUUGUCUGCUCCUCCAAGUUCGGUGAGGAUGGCGAGAUCCAGGAUGGUGACAUGGACACCGGUGUGCCCGAGGGCUUCUUGGGGCUGGACAUUGGCCCCAAGUCCAUUGCCAUGAACGACGAGGCCAUCAAGAAGUCCAAGACCAUUGUAUGGAACGGCCCCAUGGGUGUCUUUGAGAUGAAGGCCUUCGAGAAGGGCACCAAGCAGAUGAUGAUGCAGACCAUCGUCGAGGUCACCAAGGAGGGUGCUGUGUCCGUGAUCGGCGGCGGCGACACGGCCACCGCGUGCAAGGUCUAUGACACCGUGGACAAGGUCUCCCACUGCAGCACUGGCGGCGGCGCUUCCUUGGAGCUGUUGGAAGGUAAGGUGUUGCCUGGAGUGGCCACAUUGGAUGACUCCAAGUGA